UCAGAGGAUUUUAAAAAAAAAAACACCGCUCUCCCUUGUUUUUCCCUGCGCAGUUGAUGGUUUUUGUGCAGCAGCAGACGCAGCUUGUAGAGCAGGUGUGAGAGACAGCGGCGAUCGCUCCUCUCCUCCCUGUUUCCAAGGGGAAAUGUCGAGCGAGAAGCCGGCUUCAGCACCACCGGGCUCUGCUUCUUCGCUCACGGACACAGACCGAGACUCCCAUCCUCCGCCGGGCUCCUCCGCGCAGCAGCAGGUCGCCGCGGGUUCUGGUUCCGGCGCCACCGGGGAAAGGAUGGUGUCUGCAGCCGGCUCUAUGGUCCUACCGGCCGGGGUGAUCAACCCCGCUGUCCCGAUCAGGAAUAUCCAGAUGAAAUUCGCCGUGUUGGUGGGCCUGAUCCAGGUCGGGGAGGUUAGCAACAGAGACAUCGUGGAGACGGUGCUGAACCUGCUGGUGGGCGGCGAAUUUGACCUGGAGAUGAACUUCAUCAUCCAGGAGGCGGAGAGCAUUGGCUGCAUGGUUGAGUUGCUGUCUCACUGCGAAGUGACGUGCCAGGCUGAGAUCUGGAGCAUGUUCACCGCCAUCCUCCGCAAGAGCGUGCGCAACCUGCAGACCAGCACCGAGGUCGGCCUCAUCCAGCAGGUGCUGCUCAAGAUGAGCUCUGUGGACGACAUGAUCGCAGACCUCCUGGUGGACAUGCUGGGAGUCAUGGCCAGUUACAGCAUCACAGUCAAAGAGCUGAAGCUGCUCUUCAGUAUGCUGAGGGGAGACAACGGCAUCUGGCCAAGACAUGCUAUCAAGCUCUUGUCGGUGUUGAACCAGAUGCCUCAGAGACAUGGUCCUGAUACCUUCUUCAACUUUCCAGGACGCAGUGCAGCGGCCAUAGCAUUGCCACCAAUUGCCAAAUGGCCUUACCAGAAUGGAUUCACUAUCAACACGUGGUUCAGACAGGAUCCACUCAACAACAUCAACGUGGAUAAAGACAAACCGUACCUGUAUUGUUUUCGCACCAGUAAAGGAAUAGGUUACUCCGCUCACUUUGUGGGAAAUUGUCUCAUUGUGACGUCGUUGAAGUCAAAAGGAAAAGGCUUUCAGCACUGUGUGAAAUAUGAUUUCCAACCCCGCAAGUGGUACAUGAUCAGCAUCGUCCACAUCUACAACCGCUGGAGGAACUCCGAGAUCCGUUGCUAUGUCAACGGUCAGCUGGUCUCGUACGGCGAUAUGGCCUGGCACGUCAACACCAAUGAUAGCUAUGACAAGUGUUUCCUGGGUUCAUCAGAGACAGCGGAUGCUAACAGGGUGUUUUGUGGUCAGCUGGGAGCCAUUUACGUGUUCAGCGAAGCACUCAACCCGGCUCAGAUCUUUGCCAUCCACCAACUCGGCCCAGGAUACAAGAGCACGUUCAAGUUUAAGUCGGAGAGUGACAUCCACCUGGCCGAGCACCACAAGCAGGUGUUGUACGAUGGCAAGCUGGCCAGCUCCAUCUCCUUCACCUACAACGCCAAGGCGACGGACGCCCAGCUCUGCCUGGAGUCGUCGCCCAGGGAAAACCCCUCCAUCUUUGUCCACUCACCACACGCACUAAUGCUACAGGAUGUGAAGGCCAUUGUUACCCACUCCAUCCACAGCGCCAUCCACUCGAUAGGCGGCAUCCAGGUCCUGUUCCCUCUCUUCGCUCAGCUGGACUACAAGCAGCUCAAUGACUGCAGCGUGGACACCACAGUCUGUGCCACUCUCCUGGCGUUCCUGGUGGAGCUGUUGAAGAGCUCAGUGGCCAUGCAGGAGCAAAUGCUGGGGGGGAAGGGCUUUCUGGUGAUUGGAUACCUGCUUGAGAAGUCGUCACGAGUCCACAUCACCAGGGCAGUACUUGAACAGUUCCUGUCCUUCGCCAAGUAUCUGGAUGGUUUACCUCACGGAGCGCCUCUCCUCAAACAGCUCUGUGACCAUGUCCUCUUCAACGCUGCCAUCUGGAUACACACCCCUGCCAAGGUCCAGCUAUCCCUCUACACAUACCUGUCAUCGGAGUUCAUCGGCACUGCCACCAUCUACACCACCAUCCGCCGUGUCGGCACCGUCCUACAGCUGAUGCACACCCUUAAGUACUACUACUGGGCCAUCAACCCGCUGGAGUGCAGUGGAAUCACCCCCAAAGGUCUUGACGGACCACGGCCAUCCCAGAAGGAGAUCAUCUCGCUCAGAGCCUUCAUGCUUCUCUUCCUCAAACAACUCAUACUAAAGGACCGGGGCGUGAAGGAGGAUGAGCUACAGAGCAUUCUCAACUACUUAUUGACCAUGCAUGAGGAUGAGAAUAUCCACGAUGUGCUCCAGCUGCUGGUGGCUCUUAUGUCUGAACACCCAGCGUCCAUGAUCCCUGCAUUUGACCAGAGAAAUGGCAUAAGGGUGAUCUGCAAGCUCCUGGCCUCUAAGAGCGAGAGUAUCCGGGUCCAAGCCCUCAAAGUCCUGGGCUACUUCCUCAAGCACCUUGGUCACAAGAGGAAGGUAGAGAUCAUGCACACACACAGUCUGUUCACAUUGCUCGGGGAGCGGCUGAUGAUGCACACCAACACGGUCUCUGUCACAACCUAUAACACUCUGUAUGAGAUUCUGACAGAGCAAGUCUGCACUCAGGUGGUUCACAAACCACACCCCGAGCCCGACUCCACUGUCAAGAUUCAGAAUCCCAUGAUUCUAAAGGUAGUGGCCACCCUGCUGAAGAACUCUUCUCCCAGUGCUGAGCUGAUGGAAGUCAGGAGACUCUUUCUUUCCGACAUGAUAAAACUCUUCAGUAACAGCCGCGAAAACCGGCGCUGCUUGCUGCAGUGCUCUGUGUGGCAGGACUGGAUGUUUUCCCUCGGCUACAUCAACCCCAAGAACCCAGAGGAGCAGAAAAUAACUGAGAUGGUGUACAACAUCUUUAGGAUCCUGCUCUACCAUGCGAUCAAAUACGAAUGGGGAGGAUGGAGGGUCUGGGUUGACACCCUGUCCAUCGCGCAUUCCAAGGUGACCUACGAAGCCCAUAAAGAGUACUUGGCAAAGAUGUACGAAGAGUACCAGCGUCAGGAGGAGGAAAACAUGAAGAAGGGGAAGAAAGGCUCUGUGUCCACCAUCUCUGGGCUUUCCGCCACUCCCGCCCCAGUUGUCAACGGCAACCUGGAGAUUGACGACAACUCCCAGACACAGACACCUGAGAGUGAGGCAGAGUACAGCGAGGGGGCGGGCGGAGACUCGCGCAACCUCCUCGCUGAAGGCGCUGUGAAGCGACCCAAUGGAGAAGCCCUGACGCCCGGGGAGCAGAGCGCUGGUCCAGGGGUGAGGGUGGAGGUCCACGACCUGCUGGUUGAUAUUAAAGCAGAGAAGGUAGAGGCCACAGAAGUGAAGCUGGAUGACUUGGACUUGUCUCCAGAGGGCCUUAGUGGAGGUGGAGGAGGUGGGGGAGGAAUAGAAAACGGACCUCUGGUAGAGGUGGAUUCUCUCCUGGACAGUGCUUACUGCGCUGUAGUUCAGAACUUAAAUGGGAAUCUGACGCCUAAAGAUGACACAUCAGGCUCAAGGGUUGGGAUUGGGUCAAGCUUGGGGCUUUCAGGAGUCAACCUGGAGGAUGAUGGGAACAUGGGUCCACUCAUCACAUUGGCUGACGAGAAGGACAGUGUCCCGAGCAACAACGGAUUUCUCUUCAGCAAGGUUGAUGAGAAGCUGCUUCCAGCUCUGGCAGCCACAGACCCUCUUGUACUACCGAGUCCAGACCAGCCCACUCCAUCCGGUCCAGUCCCAGCUCACUCCACCACCAGCGCCAGUGAUGACCUCAGCCUGCUGGCCCACAUGACUAGCUGCGGCUCUGAUUUAACACAGACCCAGAGCCAUGCUGCUGGGGAACUUCCAGAGGAUGGGCCCUUCAACAUCCAGAGCCCUCUCGCUGACAUCAGCUCCAUCGCCGAGGCUGAGAGCCAAACCCAGAUCCAGGGAGCCUCUCGACCAGAUUUCCCAGAUGGACAGGGCACGUCCGGGGCAGAGGGAGAGGCUGCGGGGCUUAAGACUGGGGGAGACACAGCCAGCACCACCUCUGAUACAGAGAGGUCAGAUGACGGGAAAGACAAGGACACAAAGAAGAUCCAAACGACUGCAACCACUCAGGCCCUACAUGGUCGCACUGCAGCUCAGUUGGAGCGGGACCUACGCGUUGAUCUUGGUUUCAGGGGCAUGCCCAUGACGGAGGAACAGCGCCGGCAGUUCAGCCCCGGCCCACGCACGACCAUGUUCCGCAUCCCAGAAUUCAAGUGGUCUCCAAUGCACCAGAGGUUGCUCACUGACCUGCUGUUCGCCCUGGAGACUGACGUGCACGUGUGGAGGAGCCACUCCACCAAGUCAGUGAUGGAUUUUGUGAACAGCAAUGAGAACAUCAUCUUCGUCCACAACACAAUCCACCUCAUUUCUCAGAUGGUGGACAACAUCAUCAUUGCCUGUGGAGGCAUCCUGCCUCUCCUGUCUGCUGCCACCUCCCCUUCUAGUUCUAAGAGUAGUGCCAACACUAAGGCAGGAGGAGCCGGACCCCAGAGGGGGUCAAAGGGAGAGGAGGUGACCCCUGUUCCUGGGGGAGGAGGCGCAGGGGGAGAGACGGAGUUGGAGAACAUCGAGGCGACACAGGGCAUGUCCUCAGAGACAGCAGUCACCUUCCUGUCUCGUCUCAUGGCCAUGGUGGACGUACUGGUGUUUGCCAGCUCUCUCAACUUCAGCGAGAUUGAAGCAGAGAAGAACAUGUCGUCAGGAGGGCUGAUGAGGCAAUGCCUCCGCCUGGUAUGUUGCGUGGCAGUGAGGAACUGUCUGGAGUGCAGACAGAGACAGAGAGAUCGGAGCUGCAAGUCCUCCUUAACCAGCAGCAAGUCACAGGACAGCCUCCACAGUGCCUCCACCACCAGCAAGCAGGAUCCUGACAGACUCCUGCAGGAUGUAGACAUCAAUCGUCUUCGAGCUGUAGUUUUCAGAGAUGUGGAUGACAGUAAGCAGGCUCAGUUUCUGGCGCUGGCAGUCGUCUACUUUAUCUCAGUUCUCAUGGUAUCUAAGUACCGGGAUAUUUUGGAACCCCAGCGAGAGAUUGGCAGGUCCACCAGCUUAUCAGGGAGAAGCAUCCGCCACGAGAUUAACUCCCCAACCAGUACAGAGCACCCAUCCACAGCCUUCUCUGACAAACAGACCCCCACCCCCGUGGAUGACUCUCCCCAGGCCGGCAUCCCCCACACAGACUCAGGCAUCGGUGAGGAGGGCCACGUGGCCGGGUCCCUGAAUGGCUCAGAGAUGGGUCUGGGGCUCGGCCUCGGCCUGGUGGGGCGAGAGACAGACAGAGACAUGGAAGGGGGAGGAGUGGGAGGAGGCACAGAUCUGUUGUGUAGUCUGUCAUCGGACGUUAGGAGGUCACAGGAGAGCCUUCUGGAUUCUCCCCACAACCCCAGUUCCAACUCCAGCCAAGUCCCGCCUUCGUCCAUCUCCAGCAUAAGCCAAACAAACAAAGGCAUCAAUGUCAAGGAGAUCCUGAAGAGCUUGGUGGCGGCUCCGGUUGAUGGCGGAGAGUUGGGACAGGAGUCUGGCCCGACGCCCUAUCACCCAGACCCUGCCCUGAAGACACACCCUAUGCUGCCCAUGCAGUUCCACUCCUUCGACAGGAGUGUUGUGGUUCCCGUCAAAAAGCCGCCACCUGGUAGCCUGUCAGUCAACACAGUGGGCACGCCCACCACUAGUGGAGCUGCCACUGCUGGCAGCACACCCAACAUUUUUGCUGCUGCGACAGCAACACCCAAGAGCAUGAUCAACACUACAGGUGCCACAGACUCUGCCUCCUCCUCCUCCUCCUCUUCCUCGUCCUUUGUCAACGGUGCGACUAGUAAGAAUCUGCCAGCGGUGCAGACGGUGGCACCCAUGCCAGAAGACACAAUGGAGAAUAUGAGUGCCUAUUGUGAGGUGGCGCAGUGUGCGCUGCGCAGCGGUCAGACGCCCCCUGAGCUCAAGUCUUUUAGCUCUCUGGCAGGCUUCCAGGCAGCUCCCCGAGAUGCAGGACAGUGUUUUAGUAUCACCACCAAGCUGGAGCGCGCUCUAGAGAAGGUGGCCCCCCUGCUGAGGGAGAUUUUUGUGGACUUUGCCCCCUUCCUGUCCAGGACGCUGCUGGGUAGCCAUGGGCAGGAACUGCUCAUAGAAGGUACAGGUCUGGUGUGUAUGAAGUCUAGCACGUCUGUGGUGGAGCUCGUAAUGCUGCUCUGUUCUCAGGAGUGGCAAAACUCCAUUCAGAAGAAUGCCGGACUGGCCUUUAUUGAACUCAUCAAUGAAGGAAGACUUCUAUGCCAUGCCAUGAAGGAUCAUAUUGUGCGUGUUGCCAAUGAAGCAGAGUUCAUCCUGAACAGACAGAGGGCAGAGGAUGUACAUAAACACGCUGAAUUUGAGUCCAACUGUGCCCAGUAUGCUGCAGACCGGAGAGAGGAGGAGAAAAUGUGCGAUCACCUCAUCAGUGCUGCCAAGCACAGAGAUCAUGUGACUGCUAACCAGCUGAAACAGAAGAUCCUCAACAUCCUGACCAAUAAGCACGGUGCAUGGGGGACAAUGUCACAGAGCCAAUUACAUGACUUCUGGCGUCUAGACUACUGGGAGGACGACCUGAGGAGGAGACGCCGAUUUGUGCGAAAUGCCUUUGGAUCCACUCACGCUGACAUGCCACUCAAAGCUCUGGAGGAGUAUGGUACAGAAGAGGAGGAGGAUGGGCUUAAGUCGAAGAAGAAUUUCCGCAGCCAAUCGGUGGUCACCCAGAACCCAGAGGCGGAGUUAAUGCUGGAGGGAGACGAUGACGCCGUCAGCCUGCUGCAGGAAAAAGAGAUUGAUAACCUUGCUGGCCCCGUGGUUCUCAGUACUCCAGCUCAGUUGGUAGCUCCAGUGGUGGUGGCUCGAGGCACCCUUUCCAUCACAACUACUGAGAUUUACUUUGAGGUGGAUGAAGAGGAUCCUACAUUCAAGAACACUGACGCUAAAUUUGGGGUCAACCAUGUCCAUCGUCAACAGGUACUGGCCUAUUCAGAAGGUCUGCACGGCAAGUGGAUGUUCAGUGAGAUCCGAGCCGUGUUCUCCAGACGCUACCUGCUUCAGAAUACCGGACUAGAGGUCUUCAUGGCCAACAGAACAUCUGUGAUGUUUAACUUCCCUGAUCAGGCCACAGUCAAAAGAGUGGUCUACAGUCUACCACGGGUGGGGGUAGGAACGAGCUACGGCCUGCCACAGGCCAGGCGUAUUUCCUUGGCCACCCCUCGUCAGCUCUUCAAGUCGUCCAACAUGACACAGCGCUGGCAGAGGAGAGAGAUCUCCAACUUUGAGUACCUCAUGUUCCUCAACACUAUUGCAGGAAGGACAUAUAAUGACUUAAACCAGUACCCUAUCUUCCCCUGGGUCUUGACCAACUAUGAUUCAGAGGAGCUCGAUCUCACUCUACCUGGCAACUUCAGAGACCUCUCCAAGCCAAUCGGUGCGCUGAAUCCCAAGCGAGCGGCAUUUUAUGCAGAACGCUACGAGACAUGGGACGACGACGGCACGCCUCCUCACCACUACACAACCCUAUACUCCACUGCUCAUUCAACACUGAUGUGGAUGCUCAGAAUAGAACCGUUUACCACAUUUUUCCUCAACGCUAACGAUAACAAGUUUGACCAUCCAGAGAGAGCUUUCUCUGGCAUCGGUUGCUCAUGGAGGAACUGCCAGAGGGACACGGCUGAUGUCAAGGAGCUGAUCCCAGAGUUCUACUACUUGCCUGAGAUGUUCGUCAACAGUAAUGAGUAUGAGCUCGGGGUGCGUGAUGAUGGGGUCGCUGUGUGUGACGUGGAGCUUCCUGUCUGGGCCAAGAAACCCGAAGACUUUGUCCGCAUUAACCGGAUGGCUUUGGAGAGCGAGUUUGUGUCAUGCCAGCUUCACCAGUGGAUUGAUUUAAUAUUUGGCUACAAGCAGCGAGGGCCAGAAGCAGUCAGAGCUCUCAACGUGUUUGACUUCUUGUCCUACGAGGGAGCAGUCAACCUAGACAAUCUAGAUGCUGCGCAACGAGAGGUGAUUGAGUCUCAGAUUCAGGCGUGUGGUCAGGUCCCCUCCCAGCUGCUGAUCGAGCCACAUCCACCUCGCUCCUCCGCCAUGCACCUGGCCUCAGUGUCUCCACAUCCGAGCCAUCCAUUUCAACCCAAACCUGUCAGUCCUGAACCCCGACCAGCCAGUGCUUCCACCUCCUCUCCUUGGCCUAGAGUCACCCUCAGUAGCCCUCUGAUGUUUAAGGAUCAGAUGCAGCAGGAUGUCAUCAUGGUGCUCAAGUUCCCCUCCAACUCCCCUGUCACUCACGUCGCCGCCAACACGCUCCCCCACCUCAGCAUACCAGCAGCCGUCACCGUCACAUGUAGCCGGCUGUUUGCCGUCAACCGCUGGCACAACACAGUUGGCCUCCGUGGAGCUCCAGGAUACUCCCUAGAACAGGCUCAUCAUCUACCCAUUGAGAUGGACCCUCUCAUAGCAAACAACUCAGGCGUGAACAAGCGUCAGAUCACUGACCUAGUGGACCAGAGCAUCCAAAUCAACACACACUGUUUUGUUGUUACUGCUGACAACCGCUACAUCCUUGUCUGCGGGUUCUGGGACAAGAGCUUCCGUGUUUACUCCACUGAAACUGGAAAGCUGACCCAGAUAGUAUUUGGCCACUGGGAUGUCGUAACGUGUCUGGCCAGGUCAGAGUCCUACAUUGGAGGAGAUUGCUACAUCGUAUCAGGCUCCAGAGAUGCCACUCUUCUUCUGUGGUACUGGAGUGGACGACACCACAUUAUAGGGGACAACCCUAACAACAGUGACUACCCUGCUCCCAGGGCAGUACUGACAGGACAUGACCAUGAGGUGGUGUGUGUGUCUGUCUGUGCAGAGCUGGGAUUGGUCAUCAGUGGAGCUAAAGAGGGCCCGUGCCUGGUCCAUACCAUCACAGGGGACCUGCUUAGGGCCCUGGAGGGGCCAGAGCUGUGCCAGCGGCCCCGCCUCAUUUCAGUGUCCAGUGAGGGCCACUGUAUCAUCUACUAUGAGCGAGGCCGCUUCUGCAACUUCAGCAUAAAUGGAAAGCUGCUGGCACAAAUGGAGGUCAACGAUUCCACACGGGCAAUCCUGUUGAGCAGCGACGGACAGAACUUGGUGACAGGAGGCGAUAACGGGGUUGUGGAGGUGUGGCAGGCAUGCGACUUCAAACAGCUUUACAUCUACCCGGGCUGUGACGCAGGCAUCCGUGCCAUGGACCUCUCACAUGACCAGAGGACUCUGAUCACUGGCAUGGCGUCCGGCAGCAUUGUGGCAUUCAACAUAGACUUCAACCGCUGGCACUACGAACACCAGAACAGGUAUUGAGGUGGACAGCGUGAGGAAGAGGAGGAUAGAGAGCGGAGAGAAGGUGAUGCAUUCUGCUGUGUAUCUGCAAGGCGGGGAAACUACAAGUACCGAGACGAAGGAAAAACAAGUACCGGACCUUAGCCUCUAUUCCCUUGGGAAGAUUACUUGAUUUGAGGAUGUGGCAGCGCUGGUGGAAAGAACUUCCUCUGUGCAUACGUGUACGUACACACACGCGUGUGUAACCACAGACACAUAAUACCCCGAAGAUACACACCAAAACCUGCUAAUAAAAUAGACUGCAGAAUGGGGGGAAAAGAGCAAGUCAAGCAGACCUUGUAGAGGUCGAACAUACCCGUACCACUCACAGGACUGGUUGCAGUUGCCCGUCCUGGUGCGCUUAAUGCUUCACAGACAAAGAACUUAAGUUUUGUUUUCCCUUAUAUUUUUCUUCUUUAUCAAAUUUAUUCUAUACCUUUCAUUUCCAUUUGGGCGGAGUUCAUAAAUUAAGACUCCUUCAAUGUGUCUAAACUGAUUAGAAAUGGUCAGAAAUGAAUCAGCCCCACCCUCUAUUCCAAAACCGGUGCUAUUGGCUUGAUCUUAAAUUCACCCUUGAAAAAUUGCCUGGGGUUAUGAUUUGAUUUGAUUUGAUCUUAUUUGAUGUUAUCUGCUUUUAUUUUAUUUUUUAAUGUUCAUUUUCAUUUCUUUUUCCUUUACCUGCAGCAGGGUUAAAUCAGAUUUUUAUGUAAAUAUAAGGCUCUGCCUCCGUCAGGGUCUACACAUGUUCUUUCACUACACAAACUGCGCUUAUCACCUUUAAUUUAUUAAUGACUUGCUGUAUGUAAAAUAUUGUGUAAUAAUUAUUAUAAUGUUGACAAGACUGAUGGAUAUAACGGCAGUGUCAAGGAUGGUGAUAAUUUUGCCGGAGAUGGUAAUGAUAAAAAGAUCUUGCCAGUGCCACCAAGGAUGAAAACCACAAGACUGACAUGAUUUCCUUUGUAUAUUUGGUGAUUGUUUUGUCAAAUAUGUACAUAUAGUCUUGGUUCAGGCUUGGUGAGAGACUUAAUCAGCUGAAUAAGACCGAAAGCGCAGAGGAAACGUUCACUUACCCACAUUUGUUGAUUAUUUAAAAAAAGAGAAUCAAAUCAAUGUAAAAGUUUGUUUUGUAUUUGCACUUUGCACCAAUCACAUAUCAUUAUUUAUUAGCUUGGUUCUUUCUGGUCGGCUGCCAUUUUGUUUAGGUCCAUUUUCCCUACGGGAUUAUUUGUGCAUUGAUGUUUGUAUUUAAAACGUUGAGCUCAUGUGUGAUUAUUAGGUUUUACAACCUCACCGUUGUAAGCAAUAUCAUGAUUCUGUAGCUGAUAGAGGUGGGAAAGAGGGAGGAGACGAGGGGAUGACGUGUGAGAUGUACUGUAUGUGUGAAGCCAUCUUGAUCAAACGCGCACAUGCACAUACUCUAUCGACAGGUUCAACUUACGUAUCCAAAAAAAAGGUUAAAUAUUUUUGGAUCUAUGAAACCCUAAAAACUAUUGUAUUCAUGUUUUAUUGCAAAGAUGUAAAAUAUGACAUGUGUGAGUUGAAAAAAAAAUCAUGAUAAGAAAAAUAAAAUAUGCAAA